AUGCCGCCUUCCGGACGCAAAGGCAAGACUCGAGUCCGAAAGGCCCCUGCGGCUACCGAGCUUCACGACCAGCCAUCCGACAUCGAUGCCGCAGACGCCAUAGCAACUCCCUCUCGUGGCUCGCGAAAGCGUACUCGAGGCACAGACAACAGUGCGCCUGCCUCUCGCAAUACCAGACGUAAAGUGAAGGAUACCCGCACCCUCGACCGCGAGGACACCGAAGGCACCGAAGCACACGAGCACAGCGACAACGAGACUGAGCCUUCCACUCCAACCGAGCAAGAGAUCAUCCAGAGCUUGAAGGUCGCUGACAAGCCUGUCAAUGCAACUGAGGACUUUGCUAAUGAACUUCUCGAGGGCCAAGAGAGUGUCCCUGGAUACGGCAAGAUUGCCGGUCGUGACUGGGUGUACAUCAUAAGUCACAUUGAGGUCAAUAUUGGCCGUCCUGAAGCCCUCGAGCGUCUGCACAAUGGCGACGGUAACGGACAUGAGGGCACGCCAACCGCACGGGCAGAAGUCCACAUCGAUCUUGGUCCGGACCGUCAGAUCUCGAGAUUGCACGCGACCAUCAAGUAUGAGCCUGAGAGUGCCGAGUGGAUCAUCAUGGUCAAUGGUCGCAAUGGUCUCCGUGUGGAUAACAACUUCUGCAGGCGAGGAAGCAAGACUAGGCUGCGGAAUGGCAGUGUCAUUGAGAUUGCUAACACUCAGAUGGCCUUCAUCACCACACCCACUGCUGAAAGCGAAGGACCAAUCUGGGAUGCUUCGAUCAUCAAGCAAGCUCAGAAGUCAUCCGAAGACGAGGACGAUGCAGAAGAUGAUGGUCGUAAUGUUCACGGCCGCGCACAUAUCCAUUCCACUGGCCGCAGUCAUCUGCAAGAUCCCGGCAUGUAUCAGUCUGAUUAUCCAGGGCAGCAACAGAGCAAUCAGGGACAACAACAGCAUCGAUCACACCCACACUCGCAGCGAGCAAACGUGUACCCACCUCCCGGAACACCAAUGCGUACACAAACAUCUUACGUCAAGUCGUCACCCGCCGCCAACUACGCUCGAGGCGUAAUGAUGGAGUCUACCGAGAGCAUAGACUACGCAGCUGACAGUGCCAAAGAUCUCAAACCACCGCACUCUUACGCGCAGUUGAUAGGAAUGGCCAUCUUGAGCACCCCAGAACAGCAAAUGACACUGAACAACAUCUACAAGUGGAUCAUGGCCAACUAUGCUUUCUAUCGCUUCAACACUGGUGGCUGGCAAAACAGUAUCCGUCACAAUUUGAGCUUGAACAAGGCUUUUGGCAAGAUCGCACGCCGUACUGACGAGCCUGGCAAGGGCAUGAAGUGGAUGAUUGAGCCAGCAGAGUUUGACAGCUUCGUGCAGCAAGGCAUGAAGGGCUGCAGGAGACCGAAUCCGAUUCCCGGUACUCAGAGCACCUUGGGUUCGCCAACUAGUCCGAUGGGACUUCGCUCGGGGCUCAAGAGAGACGAGGACAUCACGCCACCACUCAAUACUUACCAUCCCGCCUACCCCACCACACAGGAGGCUUACACUCCGGAUCGUGGUUCACGCCACCCAGCGAACAGACACCCUGACAGUAGCGUAGGCCUCGGUAUUGAGGGCAAUGGCCUUGUCGACUACGACUAUCCCCAGCGCUCCACGCCUAGAAACGGCUUGAAUGCCAUUGCAAAUGCGGCAGGCUCACCUCCUGCGCUUUAUGUGAACGAUGAUGUGCGUGCUGGACCGCUCGACACGCCAUUCCCACUACGUGCUUCGCAGCGUCUUGCACCACCAAGCACGCUGAGACGACCAAGUGACUUCAUACAAUUCAGCAGCCCAGCGCCAUUCUGGAAGAUGGAUGGCCUUGUGGGCAGCACGCCUUUCAAGCCGUUCGAUGUCAGCCCGCUGAAGACGCCGUCAUUCCCUACGCUCAAGAAGGACAAGGCUGCUGCGAGGAACGAUGUCGAAGAUGAUGGCGAGAGCUCGCCUGUCGAGAAGAAUGUGUCAGCCACUAUCGAGAAGCCGAGAGAAGAUGAAGAGUCGAGGCGUAGUCCUGUGAUCAGUUCCAGCAGUCCACCCCGACCGCACAGCACACUCAAUGCUCUCGACGCAAGUCCGACCGUGAGCAGACCUGCCACUGCCGUCGCCAAGAGUCUCACUCAGCUUGCCAAUUCCGGCAAGGAGCAGAGCAGUGAGCACGAGAAGACUCCACCUGCUGGUGAGGAAUCUGGCGCUGCUCCAGUCGUCCAGCAGCAGACUCCACCCACUACAGUCAGCCAGUCCUCACAGCCUGCGCCAAGACACGAGCUGCCUCAGACAUCUGUGGCAAACAGUUUCGAGAGCGCGCGUCCGGCUGGGAAUUCCUCGUACACCACGAACUCCUCGUACAAUGGCCACGUUGGUCAUGUCAAUGGAUACCAUACUGCGGAUGAUGGAGAUGAUGAGCCGAUUGAUCUUGCCAAGGGCUUCCAACCUAUCGGCGCUUUCCACCAGAGGAACCAUUUGGCGAUGAGUAUGGGGAUGGCGGGGCCGCAGGGUUAUGGUCGUUAG